CUCGCGAUGUUGCAGUCUGGUAAGCGGAACUGUCUGCGUUCCGCCUUCAUAGCGGGUCGGGAAGGUUUUUGGGAGCACAGGAACCGCGCUCUCAACGUAGUUUGCUGACAACAUGCCGAAGUUUUAUUGUGACUAUUGUGAUACAUACCUCACACAUGAUUCGCCUUCAGUGAGGAAGACUCACUGCAGUGGCCGAAAACACAAAGAAAAUGUGAAAGAUUAUUACCAGAAAUGGAUGGAGGAGCAGGCGCAGAGCUUGAUUGAUAAAACAACGGCUGCUUUUCAGCAGGGAAAGAUUCCCCCCACACCGUUUCCUGGUGGUCCUCCUCCAGGACCUCCACGGCCAGGCAUGCUACCAACACCUCCAAUGGGAGGCCCUCCGAUGAUGCCUAUGAUGGGACCUCCGCCUCAUGGGAUGAUGCCCGGUGGGCCUGGAGGCAUGAGGCCACCAAUGGGAGGACCCAUGCAGAUGAUGCCAGGACCUCCACACAUGAUGCGCCACCCUCGUCCCAUGAUGAUGCCCGUCAGGCCAGGCAUGGUGCGACCAGACAGAUAAAGCCAAGAAGACUUUGCGCUCUCAUUGUUGCCAUGAACAGAUACUGUCCAGGGAAGAUGUUUAAAUUUUUUUUUCAGUGUAACUAUCACAUCUGUUCCAGCUGGAAAAUAACCUUCACCUUACAAUUGUCAUUUCUAUUAGAAUUCUUAUUGUCUUAUAUUUAUUUACUGGGUUUGAGUCAAUCUAAGAACCUAGAAUAAUCUCUCCCUCCACAGACAAACUGUUCAGCACCCAUGUGAGUGUUUGACUUGAUGUUAGUUGCUUAUUUUUUCCCCCCCUUUGUUGUGGUUUUAAAUGAUUUUGUACAUCACUUGCAUUGGUUGAGAAAUAAAAACAA